AUGUCCUUGUUCCGAAUCAGUGAAUGGUAUACAAAUCUCUACCCUGCUGCCUCAUGCAUUGCUGUUGGAAAUUUGGUAGAAAACAGAGAUCAGCUUAUUAUCGGUGGCGAGGAUGGAGUACUGAUUGUGCUUGAUCCAGGCGGUGCCGAAAAGGAUCCAGUCAUGCUUGAGCAGCAAACAGGAAAACCUAUUAUUGAUAUUUUGAUAGGCGAAUUUCUACCCUCUAUCGGGCCGAUCUUAGCAGUGUUGUCUCCUCGAGCGCUUUCGUAUUUUCGACUCAGCUAUGAUGCAGCAGAUGCGUCAAGAACAAAACUGGAAGCAAUGUUCACGCAUGAGAUCGCAGAACAUGCCUACAAUAUGUGCACCAUACCUUCUCCCACAACUCUACAGAUUUUGAUUCAGUCUGUUGGCUGUGUUCUCACACUAUAUCAAGGGGAUCAGUGUGUAUUUUCGCGGUCACCACUCCCAGCCUUGCAUCCAGGCCCAUUGUCCUACUGCUACCCUUCGUCAUCGCUGGUCACAUCGAAUGGUGGACGACUGCACAGCGUUAAAUUCAGUCUUUUGGCUGGAUUAGGCAACACCGGAAAGCGAGUGACUUUCGAUUGGAGUUUCCAUAUGGGGGACACGUGCAUCGACAUGGCCAUGGAAGACACACCUCCCAUUCAGCCGUCUAUAAUUUGCCUCUGUCGAUAUACAGUUUACUGCUUGACCACGGGUGGAACAGUCAGGUGGCAGAUCCGACUUGAACAGGUCGGCACAGCACUGUUGGUCUAUAAUGUUGGAAAAGAAACUCUUUCCGUUCGAUUAUGUGUCGCCACUAGCUCAAAAACAUUGCUAGUUUUCUUGGACAACAAACUGAUGUGGAACAGUCAGACAGAGGAAGCAGUGAUUUCUUUGAAGCUCAGCAACUUCAAUUCUACGUAUCAAAAUGUCCUCUCUAUGUUGUCAGCUUCAGGACGGGUAUCCAUUGGUUAUCUGGGAACGGAACCUAAUCUCUACAAGGUUCCCGUGGACAACCGAUUCAUUGACUUCAAAGCAAAAAUUCAAGAAAUGCGAGAGACGGAGGCUUCAAUCAAAGACAGUGGAAGUGUUGGACUUGAGAAGAAAGAAGGCGGUCUGAUUCUGAAGUGUUCAGCUGGAGAACUUGAACAGGCGACAAUUGAACACGAAGCAAGGCAAGGAGCACCCGUAUGUCCAUUAACGGUAGGAUUUCAAGGAGCAGAAGGUGUAGACAGCAUCAAAGUGAAUAUACGAUCUACUCUCAACUCAACCUCAAAGCAUUUCGUUGUCGACCGUCCAGGUGUAUCGGAUGGCUUAAAAAUCCCGCUCUUUGUUGGUGAAGAGAUGCCUUCAUCAACAACCGUCCACCUCGCUGCUCACUGCACAGGAACUCAAGUGACCGCUGUGAGCUCGUUUCGCAUGCCAUUCGCCACAAUGUUCACCGAAACUUCAACUGAGAGAAAUGCAUCGUAUAAACUCACUUUGGACUCAGACCAGAGCUGCAUACCUCUUAAUACUUUAUUCAAAGAAUUUCAAAUGGAAAACCCGACGUCCAUUGGUUUCCGAGUACACGGUUAUGACGCCACAGUGUCAGUAUUUACAGCGCACAAAUCAAAUCGCUACAGAAUACAAACGGAUCAUCUGCAAUUGCUCAAUGUUGUCGUCACGGAAUUAGUGCUGCGAAUUCAAGCCGCUCAGAACGGAGUCCGAUUGCACGCUCACAUUCCCAUGGGAUACAUUACAAACAAGCUGGACGAGCUCGCGGAGUUGGAAACACGGAGUAAGUCCCAGGAGAAGGUUAUCGCAGCGCGAUCGAAGGAGAUGAGGGCUAUCGAGGCUUUGAUUCUCAGCAAAACAAGAAACACCAAGCCUGAAAAGUUUGAGCAUAUUGAUUUGCUCUACAGCGAAGCUCACGACCAGCUAUUUGCCGCAAUUGAUGAACUUACAUCCAUUCGCGCCGGGAUUCGAGAAGCCCACACUGCUUUGGCAUCCCUCUUUGACCUCGUUUCUCUCCUCCUACGACUUGAAGGAGCAGAAACCGCACUCGAUGGAAGUUUCAUCACCAAUACAACUCAGACGCUUGCGGAUCGUCUAUCCUGGGCUUCGGAGGUCGUUAAUGAUCCAGCUCGAGCAGUUGCUGUGCUGUGCAAACACACCCAGAAAGAACUGCCGGAGAUCAAGGAAGAAGAGGAAGAAGGAGAUGACUUCGACACUUUUGAAACGGGGCAGAUUAAGCUAUAAAAAUGAAUAAAU